GCGAGCUCUGAGCGAGCGGCAGGACCCAUGCCGGCCCUCGGCGAGCCGCGUAACCCAACGAGCCGCUCUCAGCCCAGCCGGACAAGCCCCCCGCAAAGCUAACGGUCCCGCGUUCACCUUGCAGACCCUUCCUUCUGGGUGUGCGAAAGCCACCCGCCACCCCAGCGCUUCGCUGUCCUGCACCCUCCCUCCAGCGCUUGCCCCAAAAGCCGUCACCCACCGCAUCCCCUUAACUCUGCGCGGCCCCGCUCGCGAGCAUCCCCGGGGACCGAGCCGCCUCCCCGGGGGCUGGGGGUGCGGGUGGGAGCGGGGCUGGGCGAAGGCACCCGGCCAGCAGCAGCACCAGCACCAACGUGGGGUGAACUUUGUCUCUCUGCUUUCCAGCGCCUCGUUUGAUCAGGUACAAGGGCAAAUAAAAUAAAGAGCUGGAAAUGCUGGCGGGGAGGUGGGAAUUUCAUUGGGAGAUUGGCAGCGAGCUCGGGUCGGUGAGACACCAGCUGUAAUCCCACUUGUGCCACGGGUUUGUGGGAAACGGGAUCCCUAAAUGGAUGCUCGGAAACGACGGACGGGGAACGAACCGGCUGCGCUCGGUCCUUGCGGCUGCCGGUUGCCCCCGGCCGGCACCCCGACGCCGCAGAUCUUUUUGCCUCCGCGCAAGCCAGAGAAGCAGGCGGUGCCCCACGCAGGGACCCCGACACCCCAAAAUGCAAGCAGCUUUUUUGGCAGCGCCGUACAUCAGGCGUUGGGGCUGGAGUGCCAACACCCCCUUGAAAUCUCCACCGAGCCCGAGCCCUCCUCCAUCCAUCCCCUUGCCCAUCCCCGCCAGCCUCCCCGCUUCCUGCAGUGAUUCCUUAAUUAUAUCACGACCCAGUGCCACCAGGAAGUAGCUGAGGAAAAGAAAAAAAAAAAUAAUGUUUAAUUUCCUGUGCAUUCGGUUCAAGUGACCUCAGGGGCCGGGGCUUUCAGAUCCGCACCCAGAGUACCGGGAUGGCCAGAAAACCUGCGGUGCGGCAAGCGCAGCUGACCAACAGCUUUGCCGGCCUCCUGGCACAAACCCUCUGCACUUCCUGAGCGGGGAAAACCCCACUUCUCAGAAAUAUCAGGGAUGGGUUUCUCUUCAUCAUCCUCUCUCUCGGCCCCCAGGAGCCGGCCAUCGAGCAGGAAGGAUGUAGGUGUUUCCAAAACCCACAUAGUUUGUAGCUCUGGGCCCUGGUGGUUUUUUGAUUCAGAUGUUUUUUACCUCCCUGCUGAUUUCUUCAAGCUUUCUUCUUUGCUUUUUCCACCCUUCAACCCCUUUUCUGGCAGCCACAAAACCUCACCACGGCUGCAAGACCUUGUCAUAGAUGCGGAAACGAAACGGAGGAGAAAGCUCUCAAAACCCAAUGUGCAGACCCAGCGGUUGGGAAGGGGGUUUUGGGGGGGCCGGGCGCUGCCCCCCCACCGGUGGCAUGUCCCUGCUGUGACCGAGUAACCCCGGGAGCACGGCUCUGCCCCGACCUGCCCAGGGCAGAAAUUGCCUGAGAGGGCAAAAAGCAAAGCUGAGCAGCCAAGGCGCCCACCCCAUGGCAUCGCCCACCCCAUGGCAUCGCCCACCCCAUGGGCAUCCCCCUCUGCCUGCCCCCAGACCGUGCCCAGGGCUGCGGCUCUCCCCCCGCCUGGCCCUGAGCCCCCAGCCCACCGGGGAGCCUCCCCCACCCCACGGCCCGUCCCAAGAGGCCCCGUGCACCCGCCCCGGUGCGCUGCGUGGUGUCAGGCGCGUGGCCCCACCCCGGCAAACCCUUCCUCUCGCCUAUAACUAGCCAGGGUGCCCGUGCCCUGCUCCUUGCCGGUGCCGGGCUGCCAUGGAGAACUUCCCCCAGUCCGUCAGCAUCAACAUGCAGCCCUACGGCGGGAACGGGGCUGGUUCCCCGGCCACCGCCUUUGGCCCCACCGUCACCUCUUUUGUUCGGCCAGAGCCCGUCCCCAGCCCCCCGGACUUCGUGCUCUGGUCCUUCUUCAACGCCAUGUUCUGCAACCCCUUCUGCCUGGGCUUCAUCGCGCUCAUCUUCUCCGUUAAGGCCAGGGAUCGCAAAAUCGCCCGGGACCCGGCAGCUGCUGGCACCUACGGGAGGACGGCCAAGCACCUGAACGUGGCAGCGCUCUGCCUGGGCAUCGUGUUUACCAUCAUCGGUAUCGUGCUGCUGGCCACGCUCUACAGCAACAGGCAGACCAGCGGACACUUCUAACCCCGUCCCACCGAGGAGCAGCGGCACCAGGGCCUCGUUUUUCCCUCCCCUCCAUCCUGCUCAUCCGAAACCCACCCGCUUCGCUCCGGGGGGAGACGUGCGGCUCCUGCAGGACCUUUCUCCCCACUCCCACCAGACAAGGGGGUGUCCUCAGGCACCCUCCUGAUGUACCCUGACUGAGACAACCCUCUUCAGCAUGAACCCAUGGGGUGAGCUCGCAGCAAAUAAAGCUCCUUCCCCACCCUU